AGAUUUUAGUGUGCCUUGGGAAACUGAAGAAAAUGAUAAAUGUCACUGUAACAUAUCAGCUCUAGAUCUUCCACCAGGACCACCAGGGCAGGAGGGCAGAGAUGGAAUACCUGGUAUACCAGGUCAUCCAGGAAUGACUGGUCCUCAAGGCGAAAUAGGUCUUCCAGGACUACCAGGACCUAAAGGAGAAAAGGGAGCUUCAGGGACUGAAGGGCCACCUGGUACCAUGGGACUGAAAGGUGAACCUGGUCUUGACGGUAUUCCAGGAGCUCCAGGUCCUAGAGGAUUACCUGGACCCCCAGGGCCACCUGCAUCUGCAACUUCACAUAGGGGUAGUAUUUUCGAUCUUGAUGACACUUUUGGAGGAGGAGUAUAUGGUACACCAGGAGAUGGACCUUUCACCUCUUAUCUAGGACGACCAGGCCCUCAAGGAAUACCAGGAUCACCUGGCGUACCAGGACCUAGAGGAGAAAGAGGUUUUCCAGGACAAAAAGGAGAUAAAGGAGAAAUAGGACUACGGGGCUACAAAGGUGAACGAGGUAGCACAGGAGAAAAGGGUUCCAAAGGUGAACACGGUAUUCAAGGUGCUCGGGGUUUAGCUGGUAUACCCGGACAUGAUGGACUUAAAGGAUCGAAAGGAGAAAUAGGACCACCAGGAAUAGGACUACCAGGACCCAAGGGACCUCCUGGUCCACCAGGACCAAUUAGUUACCUUGGAGCAAGCAAAGGCAAUCCUCUAGGAGGAGAAGAUACAACUGUGAUAGUUACAAAAGGUGAAAAAGGAGAUAAAGGCGAAGAUGGAAUUCCAGGUGUUCCCGGUACCGACGGUGAAAAGGGUGAUCGAGGUGAUUCUGGGAUGGAUGGAAUACCUGGAAUCCCAGGACCAAAAGGAGACGUUGGUCCUAUAGGUCCAGCAGGUGCACCAGGUCCUAUAUCACACAUAGCACCUGAUGGAACUCUUAUCAUAGAAGAAAAAGGAGAAAAGGGAGAAAGAGGGCGUCGAGGAAAAAGAGGAUAUCCCGGACCCCCAGGUCCACCGGGACCUCCAGGAGAACCCGGAAACAUAAGCGAUAUUCCGGGUUUCCCGAACGAGUUUGCUGUUCAACAAGGUCGUCCAGGUAUACCCGGGCAUCCUGGACAAAAGGGUGAACCUGGUGAAGCUAUUAAAGGAGAAAAGGGGGACAGAGGAGCACCUGGACCCCCUGGAUCUGGUGGAUAUGUAAAUCCGGUAAUCAAUACUUUUCUACGUGAUGUUUUAUUCGAGCGGAUAUUAAGGAGAAUGCAUAGACCACAAGAGAAAGCACAGAUUUUAUGGUGGUUCAUAGACACGAAAUCGAUAGUGCAAGCACAGAGAAAUUGCAGAAGAAUUUACCAAAAAUAUCCUCCAUCAAAAAGCAGCAUCUUGCGGUGGAAAAAGAAUUUUCUAGAAACUGGAAGUAUCGCAGAUAAGAAACGUUCCGGACGUCCCUGCACAAGUGAUUUUGACGUUGAGCGUGUCAGACAGACAUUUUUUGACAAUCCUAGAAGAUCUGUGAGAUCAGAGGCAAGAGAAUUGGAUAUGCCAAUUUCGACGGUGUACAAGGUUAUUAAGAAUCAAUUAAGACUGCAUGCAUACAAAGUUCAAAUUGUUCAAGGUUUGAAACCGGGCGAUAGGCCUAGGAGGAUGGCAUUUGCAACAGAUAUGGUAGGAAGGAUAGAAGAUGAUGCUGAUUUUCUGAAGCGCAUAAUGUUCUCCCACGAAGCAUCCUUUCAUGUUUCUGGCAUUGUUAAUCACCAUAAUGUGCGCAUAUGGGGAUCUGAAAACCCCCAUGAAUACCGAGAAAAGGGUGAGAAAGGUGAGAGGGGCCCAAUUGGACCUCAAGGACCUCCAGGUGUCCCAGGAGUGGCCGGAGAAAUGGGACCUAUGGGAUUGACCGGCAUGAAGGGUUUGAAAGGAGAUCCAGGACCUGCAGGACCACCUGGUCCCGUAUCUUAUAUUGAUGAGCUUGAUGACAAGUAUGUUUAUUUGCCAGGACCUCCAGGAACACCAGGGCCACAAGGUCCACCAGGAAAAGGCCUUCCUGGACCCCCGGGUCCACCUGGUCCACCGGGGCCUCCUGCUGGUUCAGCGUCAGGAGCUACUUGGGCUAACGUAACGCAUGGAUCUGGUAAAAAAGGAAUGAUGGGCCUGAAAGGAUUGAAAAAUCUCAUGAGAUCUGAAGGUUUUCCAAUGAAAGGUUUAGUUGGCCCACCUGGUCCGCCAGGCCCACCUGGUCCGCCAGGCCCACCCGGACCGCCUGGACCAUCUGGAUCAACGUCAAAUGAUGAUAUUAAACGCAAUCAACCCUCAGUUGUUCCAGGGAAAUUUGACAAAAAGCUAAUUGGUCAAGUACAAGCAUUUUUCGAACUUCGAUGGAGCCACAGGAUUAUACAAACCCAUUUUAAAAGGAAAGGUAUUGCGAUUUCACUCAACCAUAUCAGUCGCAUCAAGAAUUCAAAACUCGGAUCGAUGCAAAGUAAUGCAAAACCAAAAAGAAGUGGACGGCCAAGCAAAUUGAAGACAUCAGAUUUGCAGAAGCUUGAUAAGAUGACAUCAAAACCGGAUCCACCAACACAGGCAAGCAUGGUUAAAGCUCUUAACGUGAGUCAGCAAGUUGUUGUAAGCUAUCAACUAAAACAAAAGUUGAAGAAAAAAUGCCAUAAAAAACAUAAAUAUCAUCAUUUAAGUGAGAGAUCGGUGCAGAUUAGGAGGCAACGUUCAUGUCCCCUCUACAAGCUUUUCCGUAAGGACAGAUUUCGAAAGUUCAUUACAACUGAUGAAGCUUGGAUCUAUCUACCUGAUACCAAUGCUAAAUCUAAAGCUCAAUAUCUUAGCCGUGGGCUGAAUAGGCGAGACUUGACACCAUCAACCACGGUUCCUCAUCCCAAAGGCGUAAUGGUUUGGAGGGGCAAAUCCACCCAUGGUGUGAUCAAAUCUCGGUUUGUGAAACCUGGGGCCAAAAUAAAUUCUGAGUAUUACAUACAGAAGAUAUUAAAGCCCUUUCUUAAGGAUGAUUACUGCAGAUUGUACCCUAAUGGUGAUGCUGUGUUCCAUCAGGACUCUGGCCCAUUGCAUGCAUCUAAGGUCACCCAGAAAUUAAUAACAGAUCAGCAAGCGCAAUUCCUGAGACCAGAACAAUGGAUUCCAAACAGUCCUGAUGCUGCAUUAACACUGAAAAAUGUAGAUUCUCUGCUCCGAGUAUCUGAAACAAGUCCUCUGGGAACACUUGGUUUUGUGUUAGACGAAGAAACUCUUUUAGUACGAGUCAGUGGGGGAUGGCAGUAUGUUGCUCUCGGUUCAUUAGUCCCUCUGCCUUCAGCAACGACAACGUCUACAACUACAACUCCAGCUCCAUUAAAUCCCCCUGUAGGAAUAUUGAAAACAGAUGCACCUCCAAGACUACGUAUGGCGGCGCUUAAUCAACCAUAUACUGGCGAUAUGCAUGGAGUAAGAGGGGCUGAUUACGAAUGUUAUCGCCAAUCAAGAAGAGCUAAUUUGAGAGGAACUUUCAGAGCAUUCUUAGCUUCUAGGGUCCAAAAUCUUGACAGCAUAGUUCGUCAUAAAGAUUCAGAUUUGCCUAUCGUCAACAUUAAGGGUGAAGUUUUAUUCAAUUCAUGGAAAGACCUUUUUACUGGAACUGCAGCACCAUUCUCUUAUCCACCAAGAAUCUACUCAUUUGAUGGUAGGAAUGUUUUAACAGACAAUACAUGGAAACACAAAAUGGUAUGGCACGGAGCAGACAGAUUAGGUGUCAGGGAGAUGGAAGCUUACUGUGACGCAUGGCAUUCGGAAGGAACAAAUAAAGUUGGAGUGGCAAGUUCUCUUCUUCGUCAUCGUCUGCUUGAUCAAGAGAAACAUCCCUGCGACCGUAACUUUGUCGUCCUUUGCAUUGAAGCUACAAGUCAAGAUGAUUUUCGGAAACGAAGGAGGCGUACUCUGAGGGGCUUAGAUGAAGGAGAUGAAAUAUUAUCACCUCACGCUUAUGAAAAACUAUUGAGAAGAUUAGUUAAAUCCUAAGUUAACAUCUUUUAUAGAACAAUAAAGUUUUGCUCAUCGACAGAAGUAUGUCUCGAUGUGUGAUAAGUUCCAUUUUAUUAAAAUUUUAUUCCUUGCAAAUUUAUUUCUAAUAAAAAAUUUAAAUUUUAAAAUUUUAUUAUUUUAAAAAUUUUGAUAGCUGUUAAAAUAUUUUACUUUAAAUUAAGUAUGCAAGUCCUUCUAAGCAAUAGGUUAAAUAUAUCUAUGCGAUAGGUUAAACCUUAACUUGAUAUAUGCUAAGUUUAAUAGACUGGAACUGUAUGUGUGUGGCAUUUUAUUGCUGCAAAUUGUUUUCUAUUAACAAAAUUGAGUUAAAAAAUUAUUAAUAUUUUUUAAGUUUUUAACAUUUUGAUGGGUGUUAAAAAUAUUAUAUUUUGUUUCAUAUUAAUAAAUCAAUAUUAAUUACAUUAAUACAUCGUCACAUCAAUGUUGUUUACAAUAAUAUAUCGAUCUCUUAUCAACAAAAAUUAAUCAUGUUGUGAGAAAAGUUUCAGUUUGGUAAAU